AUGCCUAUUCGCGACUACGGGGUCUGGAAGGGGAAGCCUGUAUCAUAUACAGUCGACCCUCCACGAGACCGUACACCCCACAUCAACCUGGUCUUCCAGAGCGAUGGGCAGACAAUGCUCAAAGCAGCCAUCAAUGUAAAGUCCAAGACCAAGCCACAUGAACUGGUGUAUUGGGUCGACCGCACCUUCUCCCACCCGCUCACGCAGUACAUCGAAACGGUCGAUUAUGGCUUUAAGGCAAUUGAGCCAGACGACCAACAAGCCGCGACCUAUGCACUCGACUACGCCCGGACGCCCGGGCUUCUGCAAUUUGAGUCCGGUCGGAUCCUGCCGUUCAUGGAAGACGGACCGGACAACGACAUUCUUGAUCAACUCCGGCCUAUCCUUGACGCAGCUAUCGAGAAGCAGGCCGACAUAUAUCUUUAUGGUUCGUCAUUUGGGCCGGGAGGAAUUCACGAAGUCCACAUGAACCAGGGUAGUGUUGGGUUCGACAACGGUGUCAAACAGGAUGGAGGGUUGAUUCUCAGAUUCCCCGAUGGUCACUGGGAGGCAGUAUUCUUGGCUUUUGCUUCACAGCAGAUUCCCACGGACAACAUUUCCGGGCUGCCUACGCCUGACAGUCGAUCUCUGAAGGACAUUAUCCAAAGCGGAGGGAGGGCACGUCUUUGA